GCCGGAUCCAUGGAACAGUGUAAACAAACAUGGCAACGUCGUUAGAAGAGCGCCUUAAACUUAAGCAAUAUCAAGUAGACACAUGGACAACCAGAGAACAGCUAUGUCUUGCAUCAGCUGUUAUGCGCAGUGGCGACCAGAACUGGGUUGCUGUGAGACGCAAUAUAAAGAUGCUGACUAAUGAAGCCAGUCGACCUCCUGACUGGUAUUCAACAAAAAACUGUGCUCUACAAUAUGCAAAAUUACUGGAGUGUGUAGACACCCCUAAAAGAAAGAGGGAACGUGGAGAUGCAAGCAAUGAAACACCAGGGGAAAUUGUCACCAAAAUGUUAAGUAAACAGCGUGUAGAAGAGCUCCGUGCAGCUGAAGCAGAGGAGCGAUCGGACUAUAACAAACUGAGGCGGGAAAUACAGCAACUUGAGGAUGGAUUACUUGAUAACCAACUUGAUGCAUUUUGGGAGGAAUUACAAAGAGAAAGAGCUGAGCAGGAGGAAGAGGAAAGGAAGCACCAACAGUGGCUUAAAGAGCGUGAGGAGAAAAUAACAGCAAUCCAACAAGCUUUGAAACAUCAAGGCCCAAAGGUACCAGUACUGCCUAACAAGAAAAAGCAGAAACUGCAAUGGCCAGGUAGCUCAGGAGGAUUUUCAAUGGGUAGAAGAAACAGCGGGCUCUCAGAAACUUCCUCUGAGGUUGACAGUGCAGUUGACAGUCCAGAAGUAAGCGAGACUGUAACUGAAAGUCUGGCUCCAGAAGAAAAUGUAACACAAGAACCAGAACCAAAGCCAACGCCUCCCUCUCCACUGUUGUCCUCACUGCUCAACAAAUCUCCUAUCACUAGUGCAUCAGGAUCCUCUACUUCUCCUUUGCCUCAGUUGAAUCUUGGCAGCAAAAGUGCAAGAGGUAGCGGGGUCUCUCCAGUAUCUAUGGCACUUCAAAACCUGGUUAACUCUGCCAUCUCAGGGACAGAUGCUAACAAAGACACUUCUGCAAAAACCAGUAGAAGCCCAAGCUUAUCAGGAUCAUCAACGUUGUCACGACUUCUAGACCUGCCUCCAAGCAAUCCAGGAGCUGCACUGCCCAGACUACCUGAUAUUAGUGGACCAGUAACUGAGACUAAAGAUGAGGAUAGUAGUGGAGAUUCCACAUCACAAAAGAAUGAGGAAGAAAAAAAGGAAGAUAGUAAAGACUGCCCAAAUGUAGAAGAGAUCAGAGAGAAAGAGCAGAAACCUAAGGCAGAUGAAGUACCUAAAGAAGAUGAUACUACAGAAGAAAUGGAGGUGGAAGAGAGCAAGGAAGGCAGAGUUGAAGAUAUCAAAAUGGAACUGCAAACUGAGGAAAACAAAGGUGAACAAGAACUCCAAGAACAACAGACAGAGAAGGCUGAAAAAAAUGAAACACUGAAGGAAGAAAAGGAAAAAGUGGAGAGCAAAGAGACAGAAGAGGUUAUGGAGAUGCAGUUCAUAGUACAAGAAAAAGCAGAAGAGAAAGUGAAAGAAUCAGAGGAUGUGAAGGGAGACAUCUCUCUUGAGGACAAAGGGGAUGUAAAGAAGGCAGAUGAGAAACCUGACAAAGAAGCUGAUGGCAAAGAUAUCAAGAAGAAAGAACUGAAGCAGGACAAGUUUGAUGAGUUACUGAGAGAAAAAGACAAGAAGAAAAAGGAGGAAAAAUGCCCAAAACAGGAAGAACCAAACAAAGAGAAGGAAAAGGAGAAGGAGAAAGAGAAGAAAGAGGAUGUAAAUAUUGUGAAGAAAUCUGAUGAAAGCAAGCCACCAAAAAGUGAAGACAAGGAAGUAAAAGAAGAAAAGCCUGUAGUCAGUGAAUCAGAAAAGAAAAAAGAGAAUAAGAAAAAUGAGGAAAUGAAACCCAAGGAAAAGAAAAAGGAGGAUGAAAAGGCAAAUUCCAAGAAGAAGGCAGAGGAGGAUGAAGAAAGAGCCAAUAAGAAGAAGAAAACAGAGGAGGAGGAAGAAAAAAAUACUAAAAACAAGCCAUCUGAGGAGCAGAAACCAGCAGUGAAGAAGCUGGCUGAGGAAGAAGGCAAAGAAACUGACACAGAGUCUGAUAAAAAGAAAACUAAGAGCCAAAAGAAGGAACAGGAAGAGGAUUCCCAGGAUGGCCAAGAAAGCAAGGAUUGGGUGAGUGAAGUGGAAAGGAUCUUUGUCAGAAGUACAAAGCGCAAAGUAUCUGGAGGAGAUUUUGCUGGAUCGUCAUCCCCACUAAUAACUGAAUCUGCGCCAAACUCUCCUGCUUCUACCCAUUAUGGGGAUGAUCCUGAACAUGAACGAUCAUACAGAUCUUGGAAAAAACCCAUCAUGAUUUUGUGGAAUGAAAUUGCUGCACACAAGUUUGCGUCCUUAUUUUUACGACCCAUUACUGAUGAUCAAGCUCCAGGAUAUCACUCAGUGGUGUACAGGCCAAUGGAUCUUCAAACAAUCAAGAGGAACAUAGAAAGUGGAGUAAUAAGAAAUACGGCUGAAUUUCAACGUGACAUGAUGUUGAUGUUCCUGAAUGCAAAAAUGUACAACACCAGUGACCAUAAUGUUUAUCAUAUGGCUCACCAGAUGAUGAAAGAUACAGUUAGCACCAUAGAGGAAUUCUUGAAUACGCAAAUGCUGGCCCGAGCAGAAGAGACCCCUCAGAAAUCCCUGAGGCGGGAGACUCGUGAGUCCUCAGCGAAGAGAAGUGAUGAUGAUCCGAAGAGGAAAUCGAGAGACAGCCUUGAUGAGAAGAGUCUGAAGAAAAGAAGACUGUAAUUUUCUUCUUUUUUACUCUUGGUGGUUAAUUUAAUUUUUCUUCAUUUUGUAUUAUUAGUGGAUAGUUUCAAAUAGUGCAGGUGGUUAUUCUUCAUCAAGGAAACACUAAAAUUGUCUGUAAUUUUAUAAAAUAAAUAUAUGAAAAGACAAUUCAU